GGAGAGAGAGCCCUUUUUCUGCUUUUCGAGACAGCCCGACAGCCAGGGAAGCGUCCCUCAAGCCACAGAUCUGUUAUCCGUCCUCUCUUCCGGCAUCUCGCUUCAGCAGCACAUCUGCCUCGUCGCUGCUGUUUUCCCGCUUCUCUGGUGCGAAACACGCCUGGCCGUCGAUUUAGAUACCUGUGACGACGACAGCUCGUCCUCAUCCCUGCGCCCGAUUGCAUCUCCGUCCGCCCGACUCAUCGUUUUGCCGCGAGCGUGUGAUGCUGAUGCUGCGGUAGCCCGGCUGCUCAGGGGGAUCUUCAGUGCGCGCGCCACAACGUAAGAAGAACAGGGCUUGCAAUGGCAGAUCUUUUCUUCGUUUGUGGUGCGGUUGUGUGUGUCGUCGAUGGACUGUAUUCUGUGUGUGUUCUGUAUCGUCCAUGACAUCAUCAGUGUGUGGGGUCGGUGAGGCGCGUGGGCUGGGCGUCGGUUGGGUGUGGUGUGCGAUGGGCAAGAACAAGGCCCAUGCCGCCAAGGGCGCCAAGAAACCACACACAGACAGGUAGGUACCCACAUCUCUCACAACCCACACACGCACAAAACACAAGUAGGCUGCCUGUCGUCUGUCGGUCUGUUUGUCUGUGUGGGGUGCACGGUUGCAGGGCAGCAGCUGCCGCGGCGGCUGCGCCUUCUGCCUCUGCUUCCUCUCGUCCGGUAGACGGCGUGUGUGUGAGUGAGCCGCCCUACGCCACGCUCCAGUGGCCCCGAGAGCAGCUGUCGAUAGGCAGGGGGGAGGCAGGGGCGCUGGAAGGGAGGAGUAUUGGGGUGCGGAACCUCAGGGCGGUCUUCACUCCCACACUCAUCGACAGGGGACAUGGUGAGUCUGUGCGGUGUGUGUGUGUGGUGUAUGCGAUGGGGGCGGUGUGUGUAUGUGUGUGUGUGUGCAGAUGGGCCAGAGGGUGGUGGUGGUGGUGGUGUGUGUGGGGUUGGGAUGCAAGUCCAUCUACAGCCGCUGCAAGACGAUGGGCAGUACUGGUGAGGCAGCCAGCCAGCCAGCCAGCCAGAGGGGUAGAUAUGUGUGUGUGCUGCCCUUCGCACUCAGGUGCAGUGUGAACGUGCUCGUCCGCAUCACGCUCGUCAACCACAAAGACGACAACAGAUCCGUCACACAGGUACAUACCCGUAGGCACAGCACAGGAUAACACAGGACAGGACAGGACGGAUAAUACGGCCUUCCUUCUAAUGUGGUGCCGUAUGGCUGGCUGCGUGUGCAGGGUCGUGUGUUGACAACAGGCCAGGGGUGCCCGCCCUACACCUUCUGGCCCUUCAUCGGCCUCGACAGGCUGCAGACGCCCGACGAGGGAUUCGCAACCACACAAGGUACACAUUGGAUCCAUCCAUUCAUCAGGGAUUGUGUCUGUGUCUGUCUGUGCGUCUGAGUGAGUGCAGGCGUCGUGACGUUUCGCGUGUGUGUGGUGCCCCGGUUCCAGUGCGACAUAAUCGCGCAAUUGGACAAACCACAACCAUCGCAAGGUCAGUCAGAGGGGCCGACAGACAGACCUGACCCACCGAUGCAGGGUCCCAUUGGUUGCGGGUGUGUCUGGUCUGUGUGCAGGUGUGGAUCUGGUUGCGGGCGAUGGCUGCCAUUCGUCCAUUCUGCCCCGCAGCAUUGUCCCAAAACACAGACCCACACCACCACUGCUGCAGGUACCUACCUACUUGAGACAGACCCACCCGACGACAGAGUCUUUCGGUCCUCACCUCUGUGUGUAUGUGUGUGUGUGGGUGGGUCAGCCUCUGCUGUGCAUCCCCUCGGUGCGCUCCAUGUGUCUUGACCGGUGCAACGCACUCCGGGCACAUCAAGAUGGCUACACAGACCGUGAGAUAGAUACCUGUGGAGUGGACACACACCCCAUCCACACCACACACGAAACAAGGAGUCAUAUCCCUUGCUGUGCUGUAUUUCAUUUCUUUCACAAACUGGUCAGAUCCAAACCUGCUGUCGUCGCUGGUGUCGCUGUGUGAGCACUUCGCCGCCAUCGACAGGCUGCCAGAACCAUCUCCUCCUCCCCAACCUGCGCAGAGGGGCGAGCCUGCAGAGAUGGCGUGGCGGUGGCCGCCAGCUGAUGGGCGUGACGGUGCCGGGGGCAUCACUGCAUCCCAAGCACAUAUGCUGCAGAUGGACAUGGCUCUGCAGGUGAUUCAGUCACACGCACACACGCAUCAUGAUGUCGUCAUGCUAUCACAAUUGUGAGGUCGUUCGUGCUCUUGUCAGAAUGUCUUUGAGUCGUUUGUGCACAAGUGUUGCGAUGGCGAUCUGGCCAAGAUGACCGACCCGGCGGCUUAUGUCGACCGAUUCACCCCGUUCCUGCAACACGCACUCACACCGACGCCCCCAUCGCCAUCGCAGCAGCGGCAGCAGCAGGAGCAUCGACACCCACAGACGCCCGCAGACACCCACACCAACGGCUGCACGCCUCCUGUGACAGACAGGGACCAGGUGGCCAGCCAUGCAGCUGCAAACACGACAGCAGGCGGCACCGUCUGUGUCUGUGCGGUGUGGGGGCGAUCAAUCAGGAUGAUGCUGCUGCGGGUGCGAUCGAGAUGCCUCCGGAAGGCUCAAUGGCAGUUGACGGCGAGGGCAAUCUGCCCCCAACGAGCAGUCCACUGGAGGUAAGUGGGUGAGCAGGGUGAAGAUCAAAGAGGGAGAGAGGGAGAGGGGUGAGGGAGGGAGGGCGGCGUACGACAGCAUGGCCGAGAGGUAUGUGGGCUUGUGUGUGUCUGUCUGUGUGUGUGUGCAGUGUCGUGUGAUUCAUCGGGUCUCCUGUCGUGGGAUGAGGUGCAGCUACGCCUUUGCCACCACAUCCACCGCCAUCGACCUCGAUGUCACCAAACAAUACUCGUACGAUGGAUGGACGGAUGGAUGGAUGGACUAUAGGUGCCGCAACGUUCCCUGUUGUCCAGGUCUGUUCCUCAGCUGCUCCGCGAAUACUGCCGGCCACAAGAGAUCGAACGUACACACACACCCUUCCACCAUCAACACACCUUCACUACCCCUUGUUUGUCAGCUCUCCCUCCUCGUCUGUCUGUGCUUCCGGUGUGUCUGUCUGUCUGUGGCACCUACCCAGGUUACAACCUGAGCCUGCUUCGUCUCGGCGUCCAGCGUGUGGUGCGGCAGAGGUCCUUCGACCCAAACGCACAGAUCAUCUGCAUGCGAUUCACAUACACCAACGGCACCGCCACACCACCGCCACCACCAGCGGCCCCAGCCCCAGCACCGGUAUCGGCAUCGGCAUCAGCUCAGCCCGGCCCCAACCCCCCCAUUUUGCUGGUCCCCGACGGCAUGGACCUGUCGGCCAUCGAGCCACCACCACCUCCCACACCGCCACAUAGGCGCCGCAAACACGCAGACCAACACCAACCACACGAGCUACCAGCUGCUGCGGCAGCGGCAGCGGCACCAGCAGCUGACGUGGGGGCGGACGGCACCGACGGCCACACAGAGGGUCGCGUCUAUGACCUACACAGCCUGCUGGUGGCCGCUGAGGGGUUUGGGGGCGGUCGUGUGCUCAUGUCGGUGGUGCAUCACCGCUUCAGACGGGGAAACUGGCGCGUCUUCUACGAUGGGACGGUCAGUCUCGCCGCAGGGUGCCCUGCCCGACAACCACCCAGGAUGUGUGCGGUUUGGUGUGUGGUGUGGUGGAUGCGAUGCAGGUGUCGGAGAGGGGCAUGUGUGAGCAGCCUCUCUUCCACUCCAUCCCUGAUGUGGACCACUCGUCGUGGGUGUCAUGUCGGCCCGGCUUCACCAUCCUCCAGGCCAUCUACAUCAAGGCGGGCGUCUUCGCGGGGGAGGAAGGCGGCGGCGUGGUGUGUCCUAGCUAUGUCGAGAGCCCGCUGGACCUCACUGCCAGCCCACCAUAUGUCGGCCGGGAGGCACCAUUGCAGGCCAUCAAAACCAGAGAGGUCAGAGAGGGAGAGGUCACCCACACAAGCCACAAGCCACAAGCCAACAAGACGGCAUACGGCAUGGGUGUGAUGUCUUGUGAUGUGUUGUGUAGGUGAAGGUCGUGUCGUGUGAUGCGCUGCGUCGUCUCCGUGGCGGUUGGUGGCGGCUGACCUGUGACGCCAUGCAGCACGUCCCGCUGCCCACCGAGGCCGUCACCACCAUCACUGCUGACAGGUGAGGUGGGUCGGUGCAGUGCAGAGGCACUCUGGCUGGAUGGACGGAUGGAUGGCAGACCCCCUCAUGUCACGCGUGCGGGGUGGGGGUGGGUGUGUGGCUUGUGUGUUCAGGUCAUCGACAUUGCGUCAGAUCAGCGCCAAGUACAUCAAGAGGGACAAGGCAAGCAAGGACCAACACAUGGCGGCCAAUGACUCCACGGCCAGGUCUGUCUGUCUGUCUGUCUGUGUGGUGGCAUCAAUGCAGGCGCAGCAGCAGGACAGCGUCAGGAGGCCUGUGAGCACACACACACACAGUGCCCAUGGACACCCUUCGUGUGUGUGUGUGUGUGUGUGUUUGUUGUCAGCCUGACGUGUCUGAGUGGUAUCUCUUCCCGAGCGGCGGCAACAGCGCCGCCCUGAUGCUCCUCAACAUGAACGACAAACCUGUAGAGAUGGCCGCUGUCAUGGUCAGCCACAUGACCACACACAUACACACACACACACACACACAGAGAGAGAGGGGGGAGAUUUCAUGACGGUGUUGGUUUUGUUUGUGUCUGUGUUGCAGCGUCUGUUGGGCAAUGGGUGUGACGGUGUGUGGCUGCUGGCCGUGUCGCACUGCGACAGCCUCACCACGGUCAGCACAGUUGGCCAUGCCCCCAGACCGCCCCCCCCAACCACUGUGUGAGUCUGUCAGGCCCAGGCCGUCGAGCGUGAUUUGGUCAACGGCACCCUCUCGGAUGAGAAGCCAUUCACUCUCAUAGUCAAGGCAAGCCGGAGGGGGUGUUGGCGAACGAAUGCGUGUGUGUGUGCAUGUGUGUUGCUGACGUUCUGUGUGCAGUACUUCGACCCCGCCAAGCUCGUCAUGUUCUGCCUGGGCACCGUCGUAAGCAGCAGCAACACAGACACAGACAGACAGGCAGACACAGAUACUCAUGCAGCCGGCCUGCUGCCCUUUGCUGCCUUCCCACAGGCCCUUGGUGCCGACAUGCCUCUCGGACAUAUCGCGUAGGCCCCCACCCCACCACCCUCCCCCGCCCGCAAUGCCUCACACACACCUGCUCCCCCGCCUUGUCCUCUUGUGCGUGUGUGUGUGUGUGUGUGUGUGUGCGCAGGCGGUGGGUUGUGGAAACGUUGCGCGAGGCGCGGGAUGAUGCCAAUGCAAUCCCGUUGCCCGCCUUCCAAUGGCCGACGGAUGCCAAAACUCUGGUCGGUAGCCAUGAGGCAGGCACAUAGAUAGCCACACGCCGGCAGCCAGCCAUCUACCUACCUACACGCCAUGCUCUCUCUCUCUGUCUGAGUGUGUGUGUGCAGAUGUGUCAGUUGGAGCAUGUGUGGACGCCCUACCUGUCGAUAGCGAUGCGCCAUCCCGUGGGGAGGAUACUCAGCAACAAGACGGUAGGCAGGCAAGGAGUGAGCCCAGCCCACACUCCAUCAACAUCCAUCGUGCCCUCAUUGCAAUCGUUGCGAGACUCUCUCUUCGUGUCCGUCUCUCUGUGUGUCCGUCCGUCCGUCCGUCCGUCCUGUCCGUCAAGGUCUCUGUGGUUGUGUAUCAGCCGGUGCCCGAUGGCUACCAGGCCUGCCGGCUGUGCGGCAGAUACGAGGCCGGCAGCACUAUCAACACACACGAGGGGUCAGCCAGUCUGAAUGAGCCCCCCUCCCGACGCACACACACCCCUUAAAGCCACGGUGUCAUGUGUGGUCUCAGUCACUGUUCGUUGGAGUGUUUCCACCUGGCCUGUCUCGACAAGAUGCGGCCGCAACUCACCAAACUCAUCGACACGUCUGCAGCCACACAAGACAAGACACACAGCCAGACGCGCACACACACAGACAGACAGACAGCCUGCACUCGUGUGUGCCUGCCUACAGAGGUGCGUGCGAGCGCAGCGACGUCAAGCACGCCAACUUCCCUGGUAAGGACACAAACACACACACACACACAAACAACAUGUCCUCUCUCUCUGUGUGUGCAGGCUCCCUGCCCUGUUGGGUGACGGUGUCCGACCAGCCCCCACCGUGCAGCGAGGUCAACGGCGACUACAUGCUCCAGCCACAGCUGCUCGACCAACAUCCCGCAUGGAAGAAACCGCCCCAACGCUCUCUCUCACCCCCACACCCACCAGGGGCGGGCAAUAUGGGCUUGUCGGCAUUGCUGCGGAAGAACCCCCUGAUGCUGCGGUACGAUGGUGCGAUGGGGUAUUGGGAGGUGGUCAGCACCGCACCGGACGGCAAGACCUACUGCAUCGCACGAGCCACCAGCGGCUCACGGUCGGCAAGAGGACGGACUGCUGGACAGGGAGGGCAUCCUGAAUGGGCGGAUAAAUGUGUGUGUGUGUGCAGUGUCGUUGGAAUGGAUCCUUGUACGAUGGGUCUGCAGUGGUCGGUGUGGGACGGCGACAACGCCGCCUUCAGGGACAGCCCCACCAUGACGCUCACGCCCAAAGGCGAAGGUAUGGCCGCACGCCACCCAUCACACCACACACACCCUCCCACACACAUCUCACACACACCACACCACACCACACACACCCUUCCUCCAUGUGUGUGUUAGGGAGAUUUGGUUGCCAUGAGGCGCUGAUAGUGUGCGGCCGCGAGGGCAGCAACGCGGCCCUCAACGGCGACUACGAGCUGAUGCCACAGCGCUGGAACGGCCGGCCCGCCUACAGGAAGGCCACCAACACACACGGACAGAUGGCCUUCCUCUACUUCAGGCAACACACACAUACACACACACACACACAGAGAGGGAGAGACGGACGGAGAGAGACCGUCUUCCUUCUGUUGUCGCUUUGCUGUGUGUGUGGCGUGUGUCAGGUCAGAGGUGGGUUGCUGGCAGAUCUCACCUGUGCUGGGGUCGGCCCAGAAUACCGUUGCGUCGUGCGGUGGGUGCGGGACGGUCUGGUGCCCGUCGGAGUGUGUGGCGGUGUGGGAGGUGUGGGACCCGGACCGACAGACACGCACACUCGACAGGGGUAUUCUCAUCACACCCAGAACAGGUAGGUACCAGUGCAUCCCCAUCCCUCUCUGGGCGCCGCAGCCAACACCGCGAGCGACACACCUGUGUGUGUGUGUGUGUGUUCGUGUCGAUUCAUCGUCAGCUGACUGCAGUCGCGAUGGUGCGGGUGGGUCCGCCCCUGCCGUGGUGACCGUCUGGCGCCGCAAGGGAGAGGGAGUCGACACAGCCGACACCACAGACAUGACGGGCGACUACUUCCUCACCGACCGCACUCACAACGGCCGCCCGUGCUACAAGAAACACGGCCCCACCAUCCCGCCACCACCAGCAGCACCAGAAGCAGCAGGGGUGGAGGGUUGUGCAGAUGGCGAGGGUGUUGGGGUGGACAGGUGGCUGUAUUACGACGCCAGCCGCGGUUUCUGGCAGAUCGCGCCCGAGCUGGGAGACAAAGAGAUCCUGGCCGAGGGAGGCAGAGAAUGGUUGGUCUGCACCCGCUCACCACCUCAGGCACACACACAGAUGGUGUGUAUGGGCGUGUGUCAGGUCUGCACUGCAUCCGUGUGCGGAAACUCUGCGGUGGUGGGUGUGGGACGGCAGCAAAGAGGCCUUCGUGCAGGACCACCAGAUCGCCCUCACAGAAGGUGCCAUGCCCGCAUCCCAUCCCAUCCACCCUCUCGUCCCUCGUCGAUCUAUCUAACCAUAUAUAUUCCCUCUCUGUGAUGUGGGUGUGUCAAUCAGCGUCGGGUUUCCCCGCGGCUCUCGAGGUGUCGGGUCGUGUCGGCUUCAACAGCCACAUCAACGCCGCCUACACGCUCAUGCCAGAUCUGUUCGACGGCCGACCGGCAUACAAGUCCGCACCAUCGCACAACCGCCCAGAGCAUCCCCCACACCCGUCCCCCGCCACCCCUUCUCCCCCACGAGUCACUCCCGACUCGCCACCGAUGCCCAAGGGCCAGAAGCGACACCGGGCAGCGUCGAUGGGCGACGGCAAGGCGGCUGUGAGGGCGGUCAAGGGCAGCAGUGGCAGCAGCGGUAGGGUGAAGGGCACCAGCACCAGCAGCACUAGUGGCCCGUCGGUGUACCUCUUCUUCCGCGCGGCGACGGGGAGGUGGGAGCUGAGCGCUGAGCUGGGGUCGCCUCUCACACUGGCAGAGAGCACUGUCCAAUGGUCAGCCUGUCACUCAGUGAGAGGUUUCGGUGAAAGUGAUGUGUUGAUGGUACUGGCCGAUUGCUGACUGAUGUGUGAUGUGUGUGUCAGGUCGGCGUUCUCGCCGCACACGAUCUCUGGCGUGUGGUGUGUGUACGACGGGGACGCCUUCAGACCCGACGCCAACAUCGUCAUCAAGCCGCUUCCCAAGCGUACGCACAGACUCAACGCAACACAACACAACACAACACAAGCACAUCGAUCCUUGCUCUCCUUAUGCAGAGGAUGGUGAUGGCGGCUCCCCUCCCCUGUGCUAUCUCCGUGUGACCCACGGCGCCCCCCGUCUGGCGCCCGGCACCACCGCCACCUCAGGCCCCCCUCUGCCCACAUCACCCGCAUCGCACAUGCACCACCAGCCAUCACCACAUGCGUCACCAUCACCACUGUACAAGACCGAGGACCCUCACAGGGCAGCCGGAGAGUCGGCGCAUGCGGCCGACGGACAAGAGGCGCGUGAAGGGGAGCCGCCAAUGUUGGCUGCAGCAGCUGAUGGUGACGGUGAUGACGAGAUAAUUGACUUGCCCCCUGCAGCUGAUGCGUUGGCAGAGGAGGCCAAUCACAGGGAGGCGGCCACGCAUGACCUUGACGCAUCCGACUCGGCCUCGCCCCAUGACCAUGACGAGCACGACCAUGAGCAGGAGGACAACGUCCCGUCGCCUUCAGGCGAACAGCAGCCACAGGCGCAUGACGAUGACAAUGAAGACGAAGACGACGACGCUCACGACGACGAUGCAGCUGGUGCCGCCCAUCCGGCGAAAUCGCAGCUGCGCAACGCCAAGCGGAAGGAGAAGAAGCUCCGUCGUCAGCAGGAGAGGGAGGCGGCUUUGGCCAGGCAGAAGGUGCAGCAGGCUGCCGAGAAGGCCGAGCAGCGACGGCAGAGGAAGAUGGAGAGGCAGCAGAGAGAGAAGGAGAGAGAGGAGCAAGAGCGCAAAGAGAAGGAGGCGGCCGAGCAAAGAGAGAGGGAGAGGGAGGAGAGGGAGGCGGCGGCAAUGGUGCACAAGUCGGUCCUGUCGGCGGCCGUGAACGCCAAGAAGACCACCGCCAAGGCCGACAAGGACAAAGGCAAAGACAAGCGUGGCACGAAGGCUGACGCUGAGGCCAACCAGGCCCCACCCCCACACCCGCCGCCGCAGCAGCAGGAGCAGGAGACCAAGGCAACGGGCCCUGCCCCUAGCAGCAAGGCGGCAGCGGCUGGCCGUGUGAGCCCCAAGGGGCAGGAGCAGCCGGACAACAAAAACACACGAGCACAAAAGGUGGGAGGGACGCACUCAACUCGACAGGGGACGGGCAAUGGUGGAUGGAUGGAUGGAUGGACGCUCCUUUGGUGUGCUGUGUUUCAUGAAUCCUUUGUUUGUCCUUCCUCCGUCCGUCGUCAUGCAGCAGCGUGUGGGUCAUUCGAACAGCGCUAGCAGCGUGCAUCAGCGCUGGCUGCCCAAGGGGUCCCCUCAUCAGGAGGCCAUGUCGGCCGUGUCAUCGGGAGCGGCCACCCCCACACAGGCCGCACCUGCCACGGACAAGAGCAAGCGGGACAACGCAACAACCAUGACCAUCGAACGGUCCGUACACAUGCGCCCCUCCAUCACGUGCACCGUUGCACCUUGGUGUCUGUCUGUGUGUGUGUGUGUGCCAGCGCUGAGCGAGAGGUGUACUACGGCGCUGUGCAGCACCUCUCCAGCCACCAGUGAGCAGCCACCAACACACACACACACACACGCUCCCUAUCGUGCUGUCACGGCCACUGAGCUGUCCUCUGUCCGUGUGUUCCGGUGGGUGGGUGCAGUUCGGUUCCCCUCAGUGAGCUCGCCAUGAUCCUUCAAUCCAGUGCUCGUCCGGCGAUGGACCACCUGGUGCUUCAUGUGGGGCCGGAGUCCCUGGUGCAGCUGCUGCGGCGCUCUCCGGUGUUCAUCGUCAGCGACGGCAUGAUACAGACAAAUGUCGAAAGUGAGCUAAACGGCGAUAGAAUAUUAUGCUCUUAAUGGAUCCCUCCCUCCCUCCCUCCCUCCGUGUGUGUGUCAGUGGUUGGUUGGGACACGCUCAAGGGCCGGAUCAUCGCAGAGGCACACAUGGCGCUCGAACGAAACACGUAAACGACUUAUAUUCUACAAAUUGACCACGCAUGGCUUCAUUCUCUUUCUUUGGCUCCUCCUUCUGUGUGUGGUCUUUCCCUUUCACAUGUGCAGGUUUCUCGACGCACGCUCGCUGCUCGACAUCCUCUCGCAAGGUAGGGAGCCUCGCUACACCCACCCUCUCUGCCAGCGCAAUCAUCACCCUAGCUCCAUCUCUGUCUUGCCUGCCCUCUGCCCUCCUGUGUGCAGCAAUCCCCGGUGUGGAGCAGCUGCUGCAUCACCGCAGCCAGGCAGCCACGGCCGCCAACAUGCUCCACCCGCUUCAUCGGCCCGCCAGGAAUCGCAAGAGGGGCUCAUCGCACGCCCAUAGCCACCACACACACGUGACGGAGACCUUCAUCGCCCAUCUGUUAGGCCGCUCGGCUGCUCCCGGCGUGCAUGUGGCGAUGCGCCUGGACAGUGAGGGGCGGGAGGUGAUGCCGGUGAUGUCGCUGCGGCCCCUGAGGGGCGCGGGUCGGCAGUAUCUGCCCUUUGAGGUGUCGGAUGAGGUCAGAUUUGACGGCCGGCCUGACCCUUCGUCGUGUGAGCCGGGGAGGGGCAAGAAGAAGCGGCACAGCGAUGGCGAUACCCCACACAACGACAUCGCACACGAGGCCAAUGGGUGAGAAACAAAGGGAUGGGCGGGGCGGACACACCACGAUUGAUAAACACAUAAUGCCUGUCGUCUCUUUCUCUCAGGUCUGGUGUUGCGAAUGGCCACAAUGGACUGCCCGUCAUCCUUCCCCGGCACAACAACGAGCCCUCCCUCACCCCACCAGCCGAGCCCAGCACCACAUUGGCAGCCCCUCCUCUCAACAGGUUCUUCAUGCCGACUCCCCGGCCCCCACAGCCGCCCCCUCCUCGAUCCGCCAUCCUCCCCGCUGCCGCCAGCGAAAGAGCCACAGACGGACUGCAGGGCCGCCACGUGUACCAUGUUCCUGUGAGCGGCAUGCACAUGGUACACGUGGCGGCCCUGGGUGGCGUCACGAGUGAGAUCGACAUGGGCCGGGCCAUGUAUGUGGAGCAGCUGGAGCAGCAGAUGAUUGAGAGCUCGCGGGCCGCGCACAGCGCGACACCUGACGCAUCGCCACAAGCCGCGCCAGCCCAGCAGCAGCAGCAGCAGCAGCCACAGGCGCCCCCUUUCUUGCAGCAGCAGGUCGAGCUCCGGCUGCCCAUUUCAGCUGCCCAUCACCGUGAGGAAGGUCUCCUUCCCUCACCAAGUGGCGGUGUGAGAGGAGCGAUGGAGGUGAACGAUCUGAGGGAGCUGCCGGGCAGCAUCGCCAACAUGGCGGCCAUGUCGAUCAUCAGGAACGCCGCGACCAACACCCCUGAGGCGCAACACAUCCGGCCACCGCUGCCACAUGCCGGUGGCCCCACCCCUGCAUCAACCCCGACGCCCUCUUACUCGACCAAUGCUCGCAUGGUCGGGAUGCCCUCCCCCGCCGCCCGCCCCCCUCCGCCACCACCGCC